AUGGAGCCAGGAAAGGAGCGAGCUCUCCCCACCACCAAAGAGGGACUAAAACAAAUCGCAGGAAAGGCCCUCGGGAACCUGUACAGGAGGCUGGAGAAGCGGCAGCCGACAGGUGAGACGAUCGAACUGACGGAGGAUGGGAGACCCGCGUCGGAGCAGGAGCGGAAGGCGCCCCUGUGCGACUGCACAUGUUUCGGGCUCCCGCGCAGAUACAUCAUCGCCAUGCUGAGCGGGAUCGGCUUCUGCAUCUCUUUCGGCAUCCGGUGUAACUUGGGUGUGGCCAUCGUCAGCAUGGUCAACAACAGCACGAUCCAUCAAAACGGCAAGAUCAUCAUCAAAGAGAAAGCGAAAUUCAACUGGGACCCUGAGACCGUGGGGAUGAUUCAUGGAUCCUUCUUCUGGGGCUACAUAGUCACUCAGAUCCCAGGAGGGUAUAUCUCCUCCAGACUGGCUGCAAACAGAGUUUUUGGGGCUGCCAUCGUGCUGACAUCCACCCUGAACAUGUUCAUUCCCACUGCCGCCCGGGCGCACUAUGGAUGUGUCAUCUUUGUGAGGAUAUUACAAGGGCUGGUGGAGGGAGUGACUUAUCCCGCCUGCCAUGGGAUCUGGAGUAAAUGGGCUCCUCCGCUGGAAAGAAGUCGUCUGGCAACAAUCUCCUUCUGUGGAUCCUAUGCUGGUGCAGUGAUAGCCAUGCCUCUGGCUGGGAUCCUGGUCCAGUACACAGGAUGGUCUUCUGUCUUCUAUGUGUACGGAUGCUUUGGGAUACUCUGGUACCUGUUCUGGGUUCUCGUGUCCUACGAGAGCCCAGCGGAGCACCCGACCAUCACAGACGAGGAGCGCCGUUACAUCGAGGAGAGCAUCGGCGAAAGUGCCCAGCUGAUGGGUGCAAUGGAGAAAUUCAAGACCCCCUGGAGGAAAUUCUUCUCCUCCAUGCCCGUCUAUGCAAUCAUCGUGGCCAACUUCUGCAGGAGCUGGACCUUUUAUCUGCUCCUCAUCAGCCAGCCUGCGUACUUUGAAGAGGUGUUUGGCUUUGAAAUCAGCAAGGUUGGAAUACUGUCAGCGCUCCCUCACUUGGUCAUGACCAUCAUCGUGCCCUUGGGAGGCCAAUUAGCGGACUACCUGCGGACCCACAACAUCAUGUCCACCACUAUGGUCCGCAAAAUCAUGAACUGCGGAGGGUUCGGUAUGGAGGCCACUCUCUUAUUAGUGGUUGGUUAUUCUCACAGUAAGGGGGUGGCCAUCUCUUUCUUAGUCCUGGCGGUGGGUUUUAGUGGAUUUGCAAUAUCAGGUUUCAAUGUCAACCAUCUAGACAUCGCUCCCCGCUACGCCAGCAUCCUCAUGGGCAUAUCCAACGGUGUGGGUACCCUGUCAGGGAUGGUCUGCCCUCUAAUAGUGGGAGCCAUGACUAAGAACAAGACCCGAGAAGAGUGGCAGUAUGUCUUCCUCAUCGCUUCCCUCGUGCAUUACGGGGGUGUGGUGUUCUAUGGGAUCUUUGCGUCUGGAGAGAAACAGCCAUGGGCCGACCCCGAAGAAACCAGCGAAGAGAAGUGCGGCUUCAUCGACGAGGACGAGCUGGCCGAAGAGACGGGCGACAUCACGCAGGGAUACGGAGCCAUGGGCGGGCCGGCUAAAAGCUACGGGGCCACCGCGCAGCUGAACGGAGGCUGGGUGCAGGACUGGGACAAGACGGAGGAGUACGUUCAGGAGCCGGCAGGAAAGAUGUAUGCUGAACGUGGCUACUCUUAA